AUGAAGCUCUCUCAGUACAUUGCUUACUUCACCGUCCCGCUUCCCCAACCGCGCACGGUGACCGUCUCUGAUUACCUCGGCUCGGAACUGCCCUGGUUGUACCCUCAAAGCCAAACCGACUCGAGACCCUUAGACGUCAAUAUAUGGGCGAACUGGGUCCGCAUCAACGCCUACCUCCUCAUCGAAGACGUCGAAAAAUGGGAAGUCGUCCGCGUCGAAUGGUGGAAAGCGUCCCAAGGCGUGCAGCACGAGUAUCUGGUCCUGCACAUCCGACACAGUGAGGGGUCUCAGACUCGCUGGCUCCGGUUGGAGCGCCGCCCACAGGAGAAAAGGGAAUUGCGCAAACGGUUCGUUGUUGGGAACUCGAAUCGUCACAUAACGUUCAAGCAAUGCAGGCUCCUGCGAACUGCUCUUCGGCAAGAGGUUGACAUGCUGACUCGCCGCCAGGCUCGUGAAGAGGAACAGGGCCUCUUCAAUGAAGCUUUUGCCGUCAGAGGCUGUGAUACAGUUACAGAAACAGUGAGCGAGAUGGGCCAGCUGGUCGGCGACGAGCACCAGCAACCCGCACGCCUCGUAGCGGCUUACUCCAACUUCGGUCGACGCCUCACGCUCCCCGAGGCCGCACGAUGUGCUGCUCUCACGUCGAAGAGCGGCCAUAAUGACGCUGUUUCCCUUGGCCAGUGCUACUGGUACUGCAGAACCAUCGCAGGAAUCCUCGUCGCCAACUAUCGGCCUGACGUGAAGGUCCAGGGGGAGGCUUUCGGUGACAGCGGCAAAUUCGUCUGGGCCAACGCAAAAUGGGGGUCACUCACCUUGAACGCGGAUGGCAGCAGUGGAUUUGCACGCUGA